UUAAACAGAAUCAAUCAGACAACGGAGUUAUAGAGGCACGGAUGAAAUCUCGGUUUCGAGAUCACAUGUGGAGUAGUGCAUGAAUAUACAGCGAGUUUACAAACUCGAUCUUCCGGCUAAGUUCUUGUUCUGCAAAAACCAGUUGACACAUACUCACUGGAACAAGACAUGCACUUUAAAUUAAAGAUUGUGGUGUUUUCACCUUUUAUUUGAUGUUUAAUUGCGCCUUUCUGUCUCUCUGAUGAGCCAAAAAUUACUUGUGAAUUCGUGAACACAAUAUCGUGUUGAGAGAGAGCAUCUAAGCAGGUAUUCGAUCUUUCGUGCUCCGAGUGCAGCAGAGCGGCUGUGAUAUAUAUCUUUGAUGUGAAGCAACUGAAGGCCAGGGAGUCGAAUCCAAGAUGGGUGCUUGCAUAUCUGGAUUGGGACCCCAAUGGAAGGACACAGCUAAAACACCAAUGAAGAUUCUCAUCGUAGGACUGAAUAGUGCAGGAAAGACGACCAUCCUUUACCGGUUGAUGUUGAAAGAGCACAUUUUCACCACACCUACUUUGGGCUAUAACUCUGAGACCUUUACCCCUAUAGCUGGCUCCACUUUCACCAUGCUCGAUCUAGGAGACUGGCCUAAACUACGCACGCGUGACUGGCAUCAUCACCAUGAAGCUGAAGGGAUCGCUUUCGUGGUUGACAGCGCCGACCCAGGCUCGAUGUGCGAUGCCAGAGAUUUUCUCUUCAAAGUCCUCAAACUUCAGGGAUUACCCCGAGGAAUUCCUGUCGUUGUCUUUGCCAAUAAACAAGAACUCUCUGGUGCAUGUGAUAUCUAUCAAGUAUUGGAGAAGAUGGAGCUCCACUCUGUCUAUACAAACCCAUGGUAUCUCCAAGCUGCAAGCGCCGCCAAUGGCGAGGGGCUUCUUGAAGGCAUCAAAGAACUCGGUCAGAUGAUCCAGCGAUAUCGUCAGCGAAACACGCUCAAACGAAGAAGAUCACGUGGUUCACGGAUCCAAUAAGAAAGUAUAUCUCCGCGGGGAAAGCUAAAAAAACUCUUGUGAGCAUGACGGAAGGAAGUUGAUUUGUAACAUCGGCAAGUUCGCCUGCGGUUACCACAAACGAUUAUUGUUUGGAACAGCUUUUCCCAAAUGAAGCAAAGAUAUCGACGUUGGCAACAGAGACAGGCAGACGACAGCCAACUCAGAAGAAAAAUGAAAAGUUGUUUUGAUCCCGUUUUGAUAUUAAUUUGUAAAUGUAUUGCCUUGAUUUAUGUUUUCCUGAAUGUGAAUGUGCCUUCGUUCUUUUGACCUUUUUGAAGAGAUUAGCCGUGAGCUACAUAAUGCAGAUAAUAUGUAGUCAACGCGUUGAUUCCUACACUCUCUAUUUCAUGACUACAAUGACGUUGAACAAUUACAUACUCAUUAAUGUUCUGCAAACAGAACUUUUCUCGGUUCUCUUCAAACCUGCACCCCUCCGCCCCUCACAUCCCCUACCCCACCCCCUUGUAGUUACGCCAAUGGUGACUGAUAUGACACAUUGGGCGCGGGAGGAGGGGGGAGGGGGGGGGGGGGUAAUUUUUUCCCCGGGGAUUUGAUUUUGGGAAUCUCAACGGCCCUCCCUAGGCUCUCUCAGUCGAAUUUGGAGGAGGGAGAGGGACUUUAAAAAAAUCCAAACCUUUUUUGUUGUCCGAAGGGGGGGGGGGGCUUUAAAUUAUUUGUUGUGUCUCUCCUAAGGAUGAAAUCACGUCUUCUUUGACCUAUGGGGUUCACUGAUCUGCUAGAUUGAAGUAAUUGCAGUCACGUAACCUUCACAUAAUAUAGAUAGGAAUAAUGUAUGUAUAAAUACAUUAGUCGCACAAGCUUCACCUAUCUUUAAUAUCUAGAAACAAUGGACUAGUUACUGUUAAAUUUACGAAUUUGCAGGAAAGACAUUGAAUACUAUGUUGAUUCUUUUAUCAUGAAUGUUUAUAUCAAGGCUAAUUUGUUUUACAAAAAAGCCGCUAAAACAGUAUUUAAAAAAAUGUAUGAAUCAAAUUUCAGAUUAGAAUGAGUAUUUUGUCUUUUUAAAGAACUUUAACCAUAAAUUACAGGACUAAUUCUCAAUAUCCUUAUACAGAUUCGAAAUAAAAUCAUGGUAAUUCUAACGGCUCACACAAUUUGUUCAUUCUAGUCCUAAUAAAUUAUAAAAUGUAUUGCUGAGUAAAUCACAUGUUAGAAAGCACCUUUGGUGGGUAAUUAAUAUUUUCUUAUGAAAUUAAUAGGACAAUAAUUGCAGAGGAAAUCAGUUUUUCUUGAAUUUGAAUCACCACCGAUUAAUUGUUAACUAACGUUAUAGCGACGUAAACCAAUUUUAGAAAUCUGUAUUAAUGUAAAUACCAAUCCAAUGUAUUAAGAGAAUAUUUUAAAACAAGUUGCAUUCAUGUAUCAUAUUUCCUAUGCGCUGUAUAUUCUUCUCUCCAACUCUUAGUGCAGGUGUUUUGUGCAAUAAAUGAUCUUAAAUGUGAUUGGUAA